AUAGAUAUAGAUAUAGAUAUAGAUAUAGAUAUAGAUAUAGAUAUAGAUAUAGAUAUAGAGAGAGUUAUGACUGAUCUGCACUGUUGGUGGUGUGUGUGCAUCUGCCUAAAUCAUGGGCCAGGAAACAGGUACUCAUUCAGCUCAGCCAACCUGAGCCUCAAUUUCCUCCCCAGAGAGGCUGAGCUCUUACUUCCUGGCCACCCUCCCAGGCUGGUUGUAAGCAGGCUGCCUGGCUCCGUU